AUGGGCUGGAAUCCAAUCACUGGUGUUAAUCUCUCCCUCCAGCUCAACUCGCUCCUAAAGAACACUCGAUUCCACACCAAGGCUGUUGACCAGGUUGAUUUGGAUGGCCUCCACAGGGGAUCCACAUUUGCUUUCUACUGUGUCCUUGGCUACAUGGGGUUCCUGGCUCUCAUCAGCUUCAUUGUGGCGUUCCUGGCCAGGAGACUACCCGACAGCUUCAACGAGGCCAGGUUCUUCACGUUCAGCAUGCUGGUAUUCUUCAGCGUCUGGGUUCCCUUCCUGCCUACCUAUCUGAUUAUCAAGGGCAAGGCCAUGGUGGUAGCUGAGAUCUUCUCCAACCUGGCUUCCAGUGCUAGUCUUCUGGGCUGUAUCUUUGGGCCCAAGGCCUACAUCAUUCUGCUGAGGCCGGACAGGAACACAAAAUUACAGCUCCUGGAGCGACAGGGGAAUCAUGAAAUGGAAUAA